CCCACGUGUUCGGACACCGCCUCACCGGUGCGGCGACACGCACCGGCCGUCACCUGCGCUACUGUAAUUCCGCCAUAUUCCUUUUUCUCUGGGAGCGAGCGAGCUGGUACAGCGGCCCGAGAUGUCUGAGCUGCCGGCAACCUGCAGUGUCUCGCCCACCAACGUGGAGGAUGGGGACCGCGACGCCCCGCAGGAGGAGGUAGGCGGCGGGCCGCUGGAGCCGGCCCGGGCGCGGCCUGAGGAGACCGGGGAAGUUCCAAUGGCGGCUGCCAGGGAAGUUCCAGUGGCGGCGGCCGGGGCAGCUGGGAUGGCGGAGGUCGCCCGACUGGUGGCGGAGCCAGCGGAGGAAGAAGGUCAAGAGGGCUGGCCCGGGAACGGCUCCGGCCUGGCUGCGUUGCCUCAUCUCAUUUUUCGCGCGUUGAGCGUUUGGGAAAUGACUUACCAGCAGUUAGUCCGCCACUUUCAGCAGCUCUACGUGAGGGCUGUGGUCAGAAUGCAGGGGCCUGAACACCAUGGGAGAUUUCUGGAAGAAGAGUUUGAUGCCGAACAUCCGCGGAAUCCCCAGAGGAUGGAUUUUGAUAUUUUAACAGGUCUCAUAACUGACUGCAUCUGA